GAUGUAAAAUUUGCCGAUACCGCAGUUCUCAAAUUUUGUUAUUCUUUUCAUCACCUGUAAAAUCACGUUUUGUUAAAGUGUCAUAUCACAUCAGUAGUUAUUAGUCAAGUUAUUAUAUAGUAUUUUUUUUAUAACAAAAAGUAGUGUGUGGUGUCUAUGUGGCUAAAUGCUGAAGAAAUUGAUGAACUGGAAGAAGCUGAAUAUCGUCUCUCUGCAUUUUCCGACUGAGAUAAUGUUAUAGUAGACUGCUUUUAUCUGUCACUGGUUUUUUUAGGUUGUGCUGCUUUUGAUGUGGCGAUUUUAUUUUUGGAUGUUCGCUAAAGAUGAAGACUGAUUAGUACUAUUAUUCCCAAGACCUCUACUAAUUGACUCUUUCAAUUGGGGUUAAAUGAUUUGUUCAAGGAUAUAAUGACGUUGUGUAUUUAUUUAAUCAAGAAAGGAAAGACAAGAGAUCUGAAUUUGGCAAAUUACGAAUUUAAAUUAGCGUCUACGAUACCGGUACCGGAAAAUAGUAGUCAAGGCAGUGGCUGUUCACUCGGUGCCGGUAUCAUCAAUAUCGAGUGGAGAAGUCUAACCUCAAAGAAACGGUUAGUGAACUGUAUAAAAACUACAUAAAAAGAAGAUGCAGAAUUCGAAACGGUUGAAAUUGGAUGAGAGUGUCAUGAAAAGAGACUACGUCAAAGCCAAAGAAUGUCUUUAUCCAGUUCUAGCAGACGAUUUGAUUAUAGACACUCCUCUUACCGAAGUUUACGUAGACUCGAUAUCAAACCCAAAAAAUACCUCCAAAGUGAUUGUGGAAUUAAAUUCAGUGUUACCGCUUCCAGAAAUGCUGCACUUGAAACGAGUAAAGGGGCAAGAAGUCCUUCUUUUCCCAAUAGAAAAAACCGACAGAAACUCUGUCCAUUCCAUACUGCAACAAAUGAAUUUUGACACCACCUUGCUGAAAAACCAUGUAAGGACUACCUCUGUGGCUAAAGUUCCUCCGAAAACACGUCUACAGUAUGAAACAGCCCAUAAGCUAUGGCCCUGCAACUUCCACUCCAACAAAUACCUAGAAAAACUGGCCACAAACACUUUGUUCACCGCAGAUGAACUCCAAAGUCACGUACUGUACAUGAGGGUAGCAAUCGACGUGGCUAGACACGCAAAAAAUAUUUUUUUCAAUGGGCCUCAAAUCGGGGCAGUAGUGGUGGACCCCAGUAUUAACUCCGUAGUAGCAGUAGGUUAUCAACAAACAAACAGAGGGCCAUGUUAUCAUGCAGCCAUGCUAGCAAUCGACAACGUUGCCAGGACCCAAAAUGGAGGCGCUUUAUCUCCUGAAGGUCCUGCAAAAAUCUUAGGAGACUUAGAUCUACGGGGCCUACCACUAGAACUGCUUGAAAUCCUUCAGAAUAGACAUCCCAUGAUUCGAUUUGGAGCCACUAGAUUCAAAACCAAAGAGGAACUGGUUGCGCCGGCUGACGGUCCAUACCUGUGUACCGGUUACUGCGUGUAUUUGACUCGCGAGCCGUCUGUUAUGUGCGCGAUGGGAUUGAUCCACAGCAGGGUAAAGAGAGUGUUCUAUGGUGCCAGAUCUUCGAAUGGUGCGUUGGGUAGUUUGUGCAAGAUUCAUACCGUGAAAGACCUGAAUCAUCAUUAUGAGGUGUGGGGGGGUUUAUUGGAGGAGGAAUGUUGUGAUUUGUGAGCGGGGGCAUUGUGACUAGGGACUGUUGAUCAUUUUAACAACUUGCUGAGUGUAUAGAGUGUACACUAUUUUAAUUUUUGUUGGAUGAAAAUGCCGAAUGUUAUGAACAGUUGGGAACUGAAAUGAUUUUUUAUUAUAUGGACUUCAAUUAUGCAAGUCAUCCUCAGAAUAUAAAAUUUCCAAUUAA